AUGAAGCUUCUCACUGCCAUCACCUUGGUUACUCUUGGCGCCAGUGCCAUCUUCUCAACCUCAGAGGCUGCUCUCUCUGCUGGUUGCGAUGCUUUCCUCAGAGAUAUUGGCACCCCCACCAACCCAUUGUUCAAGUGCCGAGUCUACUCUGCCUUGGGUUUCCCUGCAUUGACUAGUCCUCAUGAUCAUGAUACUCCCAAGCUUCAAAAGGCUUUGGAUGACUACUGUGCCACCCCUGCUUGCACACCUGAACAGUAUGCUGGUGUUUACAAGGAUUUCCAGACCCAUUGCGCUGCUGACAUGGUUGCAGAUAACCAGGACACUCUUGGUGUCACCAUGUAUUUCUGGUAUGUGUCUCCUGCCCAACGUGAGGCCGUUUGUCUCCAGGAACCAAGCACAAAGAAGACUUGUGUGAUCGAAACAAUCGAUGCCAUGAUUGCCCGUAAACAACUCCCUGAUGAUAACCCGAACCAAGAUGAUUUGUACGGUUACUUGCAAUAUGUGACCCCCAUGAUCUCACCCAAGGGUACGGAUGCAAAGUCCCUCUGCACACCCUGCAAUCAAGAGGUGGCCAACAUCUUCUCAAAACACUACACCAAGAGCCCUUCUCCCUAUAACCUCAACUUUAGACAGACACUCGACAGUGCCAAAUUGAACACUGACCUGCAAUACCAAUACAAGGCCAACUGCAAGGUCACCCUUGGUGGAGAUAUCGAUGCAUUCAAGACCGGUUCUAAGGAUUCGAAGGAUUCCAAAGAUUCCAAGGACAAUACCAAGGAUGAUACCAAGGAUAACAAGGACAGCUCUGCCAACAGCCUUGUGAACUUUUCGUUGGGUGGCGUUGCCGCUACUGCCAUGGCUGUUGCAGUUGCCAUGUUGUAA